AUGUCACUCUAUGACUUGGGAGCUGCAUACCAAAUGUCGAUGACCAAAGAAGACAAGACGGAAAGUUUCUCUUGUAUCUCGGCGGUUGAUGGGGAGUGCGAAGCAUUGAUAGGAUCCGCCUGGCCAAACAUUAUACUGCCAAUGGGAGAUCAUAAAUUGCUUGGAAAGUGUGUUGAGGUCCAGACUGCAACAUUCUAA